AUGUCCUCGGCACGACCUGCACCUGAGACGCUACAGCCGCGUGACAUCCAGCAAGAACGUUUAGCAUGUUCGUUCGAUGUCGACACCAUGUCGUGCAUCCUUCCAGGAUCCAAAGCCGAGCGCGACAAUGCACGCUGGCUGCUCUCCCUACUCAAACACGACCCGGACCAUACUUUCGACAAGGAAGACCGAGUCUUUCAGUCUCGAAACGAGCGCUUCUUCAAGGGCCAGCAGGUCGCUCUCCGCUACUUUGAGAUCCGCAACCGUCACGGUUUAGAAAAGAAGGAUGCUGACAUGCUGCGACUGUUCACAGACGAGUAUCUGCCGAUUCAGGUAGCAGAGAGUAUGGCUCAGCCAACACUUAUGCGUCAGGCCAGUCAGGAACAGUGGGCCGAAUGGGGUCCUUUCGUUAGGUCAGGCCGAUGGCUUGGCUGCUACAUGCAGACCGAACUUGCCCAUGGCUCCAAUCUCUCAGCACUCAGGACAACAGCAACGCUUGACCUCGAUACAGACGAAUGGGUCAUUAAUACACCUGAGCCAUCGGCAGGGAAAGUAUGGAUCGGCGGAAGCGGUCUCACUGCCACCUAUGGUGUCGUGAUGGCCAACCUGAUCAUCAAGGGCAAAUCGUACGGCAUGCAUCCCUUCCUUGUUCACCUUCGCUCUCUCAAGCAUCACACUCUGCUUCCUGGCCGACGAAUCAUGGAGAUGGGCUGCAAGCUUGGUGCUCCUGCCAUGGAUAAUGGCUACAUCUGCUUCGACAGCGUGCGCAUCCCACGUGGCAACCUUUUACAGCGCUUCCAGACGGUCUCCAAGGACGGAGUGUACGAGAAGCGUAACGCAGCAGCACAGGUCAUGACACGCGGUACAAUGACCCUCGUUCGUGUGGGCUUGUGCGAGAUCGCAGCACACCAUCUUGCACGAGCUGCCACUAUCGCCAUCCGUUACGGCGUCGUUCGACGACAAGGUACUUCGGCUACCCAGCCAGAUCAACUCGAACCCAAGAUCCUUGACUAUGCCUCGGUCCAGACACGUGUGCUCACCGCCCUCGCCAGCGCAUAUGCCAUCACUUUCGUCAGCCAACACUUGCGUGGGAUGUACAACGAGAUGAUUGCCGAGAUUGAGAAAACAGGCAACAGUGGACUGCUUGCCAUCGUGCAUGGCUACUCAAGCGUGCUGAAAGCAGUCUGCACCAACGAGUCACUCGCCGGUAUCGAAAGAUGUCGCCGCAGCAUGGGGGGACACGGCUUCAGUCAGGCAUCAGGCUUCGACUUUGAGCGUAAUCAGCCUAAUGCAGGCCUCAUUUACGAAGGCGAGAACUCUAUGUUGCUUGCCGGUCCGUCGGCCAACUUCCUGGUCAAGCAGCUCAACGAAACCCGAAAACGGAAUGGCAAAGCUGUGCGACCAGAGCUAGCCUACCUCGAGCUUGUUGCCGACGUCCAUAGCGCAGGAGCGAACAUCUCGAAGCGUGCUCAAAGCAUCAACACCGGACAGAUUGGCGGGCCCGCUGCAUUGUUGGACCUCCUUGGCUUCCGAGCUGCGCUUCUCGUGGAUCGUUUGACAAAGCACCGCUCCAACACCCAGAACACCGACGGUGUAUACAAGCACAUCGACACCAACCUUGCUGUUCGCGCUUCUACCGCUCAUGGCGCUUACCUCCUUGGAUUCGCAUUCGACCAAGUCGUUCAGCAACUGAAAUCAGUUCCUGCCGCCGACGCAAAGGCCCGCUUUGGAGUGGCUCCAAGCAACCCUCACAUCGCAGCACUGGACUCUCUCCUUCGCUUCUACCUCAUCCAGAACUGCGUCCUCACGCCGGACACUCUGAGCGACUUGCUCGAGUUCCGGCUUCUCUCGGCUGCGCAGCUGGACAGGCUGAGGCAAAGUUCGGCAAGCCUGUUGGCUGGCCCCAUCCGAAGGGACGCGUUGGGUUUGGUGGAAAGCUUUGACAUGGACGAUUGGUAUCUGUGCUCGCCUCUGGGAAGCAGCGAUGGCAGAGCGUACGAAAGAAUGAUUGAGUGGAUGAAGCGUGAGCCGCUCAAUCACACUGGCGAACGAGGUGCAAGGGAUGAGAAUGGCGUUGUUAAGGGUUACCAUGACGGUAUUGGUAGACUCAUUCGCGGUGAGGCUGUACAGUUCACCGAGCGAUCCAAGCUGUAA